AUGGCGAAAGAGAAUCGCACCUCGUCUACCGACUUCAUUCUGCUUGGCCUCUUCCAGGAUGCGGACUCUCCCAAGCUCCUCUUUUCCCUGGUCUUCAUCGCCUUCUGCACAGCCCUGGUGGGUAACGUGACCAUGAUGGUCCUCAUCCACACGGACCCCCGCCUGCGCACGCCCAUGUACUUCCUGCUCAGCCAGCUCUCCACGAUGGACCUGCUGUACAUCUCCUCCAUCGUCCCGAAGAUGGCCGCCGACUUCCUGUCCGGCAAGAAGGCCAUCUCCUUCGGGGCCUGCGCCGCUCAAAUGUUCAUCUACCUGACCCUGGCGGGGUCCGAAUGUUUCCUGCUGGCCCUCAUGUCCUACGACCGGUACGUGGCUAUCCUCCACCCGCUGCGGUACCCGGUCCUGAUGAACGGAAGGGUCUGCGUCCUCAUGACCCUGGGGUCCUGGCUCCUGGGUGCCCUGGACGGCCUGCUGUUGACGCCCAUCACCAUGACCUUCCCCUUCUGCCGCUCCCGGGAGAUCCGCCAUUUCUUCUGCGAGGUCCCGGCCGUCCAGAGGCUGUCGUGCGCGGACACCUCCCUCUACGAGACCGCCAUGACCGUCUGCUGCUCCGUCAUGCUCCUGGUCCCGUUCACGGUCAUCGCCGUGUCCUACGGGCUCAUCUUGUCCACGGUGCUCCGGAUGAAGUCCUCACAGGGGCGGCGGAAGGCCUCGGCCACCUGCUCCUCCCACCUGAUGGUGGUGGGGCUCUACUACGGGGCCGCCAUAUUCACCUACAUGCAACCGGGCUCUUUGCGAAGCCCCGGGCAGGACAAGGCCAUCUCCGUGUUCUACACCAUCAUCACUCCCAUGCUGAACCCCUUCAUCUACAGCCUGCGCAACAAAGAGGUGGCCAGAGCCCUGAGGAGGGGUCUGCGGAGGUGUGCUUUUUCCCCCAGAAUGGGGAAAAUCGGGGUUUCUAAAGACGUAGUGCGGAAGGCCGGGAAUGCGGAUAAGGAUGCCAGGAAGGAAGAUAAAGGAAGGAAGAUAAACGAUCCAUUUGGAAAGAAGAAAAAAGAUACUGCUACAUUUUGGGCAUCAGAGGUGAGGGAACAGAGUCCGCUCAGGGAAUAUCCCGAUCCUCUUUGGCCGGAACCAAUUAAAGAAGCCACGGUCAGCCUCCUGAUACAAGCCGACUCUCUCUGCGACUCUCAGCCCCAAGAGGCAUGA